AUGACCGACGAUACAAUCACUUUGACAGCAUCUUGUCUUUGCAAGACACACGUUCAUAUCACCACUAUCCCCAAGUUCAGUCUCCCUCUGAAAGCGCAUAUCUGCCACUGUGACACUUGUCGGCAUGUGUCGGGCUCUCUUUACAGUUCGCUAGCGUACUGGCCCUCGCCACGCUCUACAGUUGACCUCUCAGGCUACAAGCUCUUCAACUUCAGUCCAGCAUUCAACCUUCUGUUCUGCGCAAAAUGCUCUACUCCCAUGAUUGGCGCCUUCAAAGAUGAGACGAAGCCGCUGCUCAUGGUGACGGGCGCACUAAACAACUUUGCGUGCGAUGUGGAAGUGGUGAAAUGGUCGCACAUGGGAUUCAUAGGCGAUACAAAAGAUGGAGGCGCAAGCGUAUGGAUGAAGUAUAUCAAUGCUUCCGGUCCACCUUUGAAGUGUUUCAAGACCGAAACUAGAGGCGAUAGUGCAGAAGAGCUGGCAGAUGAUUGGCAAUUGCAGUUGAAAUCAACAGAUACAAUUACGGAGCGACAAAACGCCAUACCCAUUCGAUGUAAAUGCCGAGGCGUAGAUCUCGUCCUGAAUCGCGGCAACUACGAUAAUGUCGCCACUGAGCAAUUACCCUGGAACGUGGAUCCAACUAGUAGAAGGCUGAAGGCCGAGCUCUGUGGCUGCGAUAGCUGUCGGUUACAUACUGGAAACGACGUCUUCUGUUGGACAUUUGCAGAUCUGCAACACAUCUCUUUCCCCGUCUCUACGGACGAGAACGAAUUUCCAUCAAACAUGCAAGACUUGGCUGCUUUGGUCAAUAGCAAGGAUACACGAAUUGGCUCUCUGGUAUAUUACGAAUCGUCGCCUGGUGUGCAUCGAUAUUUCUGCAAUACGUGCUCUACUACUAUCUUCUAUACUGUGAGCACGAGACCGCGCUUCAUUGAUGUAGCAGUGGGCACUCUCGAGGCAACAGAUGGAGCGAGGGCAGAGAGUAUAUUGGCAUGGCAGUUUGACUACGGCGUCGGUCAUAAGGAAGAUGGAGCUGGAGGGUGGCGUGAAGGUUUGUUUGAGAGGAUAGAGAAGUCGUUGAAAGAGUACGGCCGCACAAGGUCAGCUUCUGGUUAA